CACUAUCAAAUUCAAUGUGACCAUCCCAUUUCUAAAGGAUUAUACCAAACAUGUAGUUAGAAGUAAACACAGAAAAACCUCACUUUGGAAUUCAAUUUGCGUUGUGAUUAUACAGUUCAAAGUUUAUCGAAAUGGGAAUAAAAUUGCUCGUCCUCUUAAGUCUUCUAGUAGGAGUCCUAUAUUGCUUACACAUCCUCGCUCAAGAUUACCAAGCCAUCACUGCACCGAAACUGCUGCGCCUACUUUUUAAGCGAGACAUUAAUUCCACAAACAAUUACACUCCAACAGUAAGAUGGAAGAGAAUAUUAAAAUACGAUCCACUACAAUGUGCCCGGUACCUCUAUUGUGAUCUUGGAGCUCGUUCACCAGACAGUGACUUGCGACGAGGUUUAAUAUACAUGUUGGCCUUAGAAGUAAAGGAAGAGGACAAAAUAGCUCUGACGGAAUUCGAAUCCGCAUACUCCAAGGGAAGAUCAAUACGCGAUAAUCCGGAGCAUUGUAAAAAAAAAUAUCCAAUAUGUCCCUUCGAUGCUCCUUUAUUACUUGAUUUGGUAAAUUAUAUAAUUAAAACAAAGAGUUGA